UUAGUUUGGCCAGACUACCCCUCUUUAGAUAUACUAAAUUCAAAAUGAAAGCUCCUUUUUGCUGCAUACUUGUUGCUCUUCUGCUAGCAGGAAUGGGAAAUCAUGCUGCUGAUGCUACCACAGCUCAGUGGACUAAACUGUAUGGAACAAUGUCUCAAGUUUAUGCUAAUAGUGUCAGUCUUUGGUCUAUUGAUGCUCAACUCAAAGCUUACUACUGUCCCCGGCCUUGCACUGGUAAUUGGGCCCAUGUUGGUAGUAGCAUGGUUAAUAUUGAAGUUGAUGCAUACUAUACAUGGAGUAUUGGAGCUGAUGGAUACCUUUAUAAAAAAGCAAUGCAAAAUUCUGGAGGAUGGUUUAAACAUACGUAUUGGCCUCGUGAUAUGAUAGAUAUUGCUUCAACGAGAGACUCGUAUAUGUGGUUUUUACAUGAAGAUAAAAGUAUUUCAUGGAUAAAGCAUUAUAACCCAACUGUACACAAGGUUACAGGAAAGUUUGACCAAAUUGAUGCCAACUCACAACAUGUAUAUGCUCUCAAUAAAACAACCAAUGUCAUUUCUUUUCGUCCAGUACAUGGAAGGGGUCAAUGGCGUACCAUCCCAGGGCAGAUGAAGUAUGUAACAGCUGGUACUCAUGAGAUAUUUGCCAUUGGAGUAGAUGAUGAGCUGUAUCGUUGCACUAUACCCUGUGCUGGUAUAUGGGAACAAAUGGGAUCCCCAGCAUUGCCAGCAUCUAAUGUGGUUCAGCUUGAUGCUACUAUUGAUGCAUUGUUUGCUGUCACUAGUGCAGGAGGAAUAUACCGUCAUGAACUACCACUUUGAGCAUAGAUACUAUGCUUUGAAA